AUGUGGAUUACGUUCAUAUUAGCUUCGUUUCUCUGUAUUGUCGUUGUUCUCGCCGCGAUCGUCAUCUGCACCGAACGCCCGAUAUUUAUGCAAAUUUAUGCAGUAAUAUACAUUAUCGAUGUCACCGUAUCCCUUGUCGGCUCAAUUGUAUUUGUCGUCCUGCUAGUGCUCGCAAAUUUCGAAAUCGAAAAAGAUAUCCAAAAAAUGGCAGCCCACGACCAGGAAGUGUUCCGUUAUGCCAAGAAUUCGGCUUAUAUCACCUGGUCAUGUAGCCUGGGUUUUGUUUUGCUGUCGAUUUUCUGGAAGGCUACCCUUGUGCGGUCGUACUACAACUAUAUACGAGAUCGUCAACUCUCACUCGAACACUACGGACCGCCGAGGGCUGUCGUCGUCGGGCCGACCGGCUUUAUUGUUUUUACCGUAUUCGACGUCAUUGGAGCACUUUACUAUACCUUCAUGCUCAUUAACGAUCAUAGCCUUCUUACCAUCAUCCAGGUGCUGAUCAUUUGGAUGAUGGCAAUUUUGGCCAUCGUGAUCAUAUCCACCGAAAAACCAGCAUUUAUUCAGACCUAUAUCAUUAUCUAUCUGGGUCAAUGCGUCGUCUCGAUUGUUGGCCUUAUCGUCGCCAUCAUCCUGGCUUCGGUUGCGAGUUCGCUCAUGGACGAGGCGAUUAAACAAAUGGGAGGGAAAGACCAGAGGAGUCAGGCAACGCUACAAGCCGCCAAAAGUGCUGCCUAUAUGGUCAUCGCCGUCACGCUUGUUCUCAUCAUCGUUUCGAUCGUCUGGAAGGGUACACUACUGCGCAGCUAUUAUCGCUAUAUUCGCGAUCGCCAGCUUUCCAUUGAACAUUUUGGAGCUGCUCCCGUAUCAUCAGCU